AUGGCUCUCAAGUCAUGGGAAAUCGAAGCGAACAAGUCGAAGGAGGUUCUUGCAAAAUCAACCCCCAAGCAAUGGCUUGUUCCAGAGGACAAGCUUCCCUCGGCCGAGACGCUGAAUGUGGCCGAUUUUGCCCGCCAGAGUGGCAUAUUGUCAGGGAAAGAAGUCUCGAUCACGGAAAUGACGGCUACCGCGUUGGUUGCUAAAAUGGAGAAAGGCGAGCUGACGGCGGAGGAGGUGGUGGUUGCUUUCUUGAAGAGGGCCACUAUCGGACAGCAACUUCUCAACUUUGCUACUGAGUUCAUGGCGGACGAAGCAAUUGCCCGAGCCAAGGAACUUGAUGCAUACUACGAGAAGACAGGCAAGCUCGUUGGACCACUGCACGGGAUUCCCAUCAGCGUGAAAGAGCACGUUGGACUCAAAGGGCGUAUCUGUCAUACUGGAUAUGUCGCUUGGAUCAAGAAUAUCGCCACGGAAGAUGCUCUCCUCGUCCAGCUCCUCGAGAAAGCUGGCGCCGUUUUCCACGUCCGCACGAACGAGCCCCAGUCUCUCAUGCAUCUGGACUGCAACAACAACAUCACUGGCAUGACGGUCAAUCCAUACAACCGCAAGCUGUCCCCCGGCGGCUCGUCCGGUGGGGAGGGUGCCUCUAUGGGGUUCAAGUGCGCUCCUCUAGGAAUCGGUACCGAUAUUGGCGGGUCCAUCCGGGGUCCGGCGGCAUUCAACGGUGCGUACGGGUUCCGCCCAACCGCACUUCGGAUGCCCUACGACGGUAUCAAUCUUGCUGGAGACGGGCAAGAAUCUAUUCGCUGCGUGGUAGGCCCUCUCGCAGCAGCGGGUGUCGACGACCUCGAGUUGUUCCAGCGCGCAGUCAUCGACCAGGAACCAUGGGAGAUCGAGACGAGUCUGGCGCCACUGCCGUGGAAACGGGUAGCGCCUGGUAAGGAAUUCACUGUUGGCAUUCUAUGGGAUGAUGGAAUUGUCCACCCCCAUCCCCCGAUCACGCGAGGCCUCCAAUAUGCCAAAAAGAAGCUGGAGGCCGCCGGUAUCAAAGUGGUAGACUGGGAACCUUUCAAGCACGAUCUGGGCUGGGACAUUGUCUCUACGCUCUACUUCCCCGACGUGGCCGAAACCCAACGCGCCAUCCUCGCAGAAUCCGGCGAGCCCGUCCUCCCCCUUACGGAGUGGGCUUUCAACUAUGCCAAACCAAAGCCUCUCACCGUCACCGAAAACUGGGAAUACAACGUCAAGCGCGAGAAAUACCGCGCCGCGUACCACGCCCUGAUGAAAGCCCGUGGCGUUGACUACAUCUUGAGUCCCACCUUCGUCGGCGUCGCGCCCGAGCUCGGCACCUCGCAGUACUGGAACUACACCGCCAUCUGGAACAUCCUGGACCAGCCCUGCGUGGUCUUCCCAACGGGUCUCGUGCAGGACCCGACCAUCGAUAAGGUCGAGGAGGCGUAUGUACCGCGGAACAAACAGGAUGAGCGAGAGUUCAAAAAAUACGUCCCAGAGCGAUUUGUCGGGGCACCGAUCGCGCUGCAGUUGACCGGCAAACAUUUCCGCGAUGAGGAGACCAUCGCAGCGGCUAAGGUUGUGGCGGAGAUUGUACAGUCGUGA